UAAAUAGAUGUGCACAAAGAGGCGUCUUGGUGAUCUUAGGGCUGGCCCAAUAAAAAGUAUAUCACUGUUUUGUGGAUUUUGGAUGAUGCAGUACUUUUCUAUAUGGCCUUGUCUACACUUGGAAGAAAUAUUUUGCAAAUACAGGUGUUCCAAAAUCCAAAAUAAUCUGAAAUGCCAUUGGAUAAGAGCGUUUUGGAUAAGGGAGACUCAACGUGUCAUGGCUGUGGCGGGCAGUUGUGGCCCCCUGAAUGUGUUUGGACCGUAUCUCCCAUCGUCCCCAGCCGGCCUAGCCAAGGGUGACGAAUUCUGAGAACAAUCUUGGUUAACUGUGAGAAAUAUCAUUGGUGCCUAUGCCAACAGAACAGUUAAGGCUUCCAUGCCCUGGCCCAGAGGUUCUCUGGCUGCAAUGGCCGCCCUGCUGCGCGCAAUCGCUCCCACUUGCGCGGCGCAGGAGGGAAACACAUAGCCUGUUAUGUCAGGGAGGCAGCCCAUUGAGCCCCGCCGUGGGCAAGUGCUGGAGAACCAGAAGAAAUAUCCAAGAGAAACAAAACCACAACCUGCCUACCGGACAAAUGUUGAGCUUCGACCAAGACUCCAACCUAUCCAUGAGCAGAUGGAGGAACUGUCAUUGUCCACCGUUUAUUUUCUGCUGGCAGCUCUGAUGCAGUGUUUGAGCUUGACAUGCCUCUGUGUGGCCGUUUCUAUGCUCAAGUGGGUCCUCGUGAUUCAGCCCGAUAACCUUUACCCAAGGGUUUCCAUUUCCAAUAACUUUGGGGUGCCCUUUGAGAUGGAUGUGAACAAAUUGGCAAACACCAGUACUCCAUUUGUGGGGAAAUUUUAUUUCUUCAGUGAGGCAGAAGAAGAUGUGAUGCCAGUAAUGGUCACCAUUUGUAUAGUGUGCUUCAUCGUAGGCUUAUUGGCCUUUCUCCUGGAUUUCGUAGAAAUAAAAUGUCUAGGCCAACAUCAAAUGUCCAUUAGUGUUUUCCUACACAUUUUGUCAGGCAUAUUUAUUAUAACUCUAAUGGUACUGUGUUGUUGGUGCUUCCUGAAGAUUAAGCGACGUGUCGGUGAGGGAGCAUGGAAGAGAUUCCAGUUAAAAGUUUCCCUAGGAGAGAGUUUUUAUGUCACUUUAAUGUGUUUAGGUCUGAUUAUCUUAUCUAUCAUACUAAGUUUGCGGUCAAUGAAAACCAAGUCAGAGAUAACAACGAUGCAAAGAGCAGCCUCUCCAAAAAAAUAAGUGAAAUAUAAAUCCCCCCCACAAUAUAUAAAUGAGCUCAGGUCCAACAUUCCUCGUUUCAUUAGCUUAUGUUUGUGAUGGGAGUAGGCAAAGUGCGGCCCUUAAAGUGUUGGACUGCAACCCACAUUAGCCCCAGUUCCAUAGCUAAUAGGAAUACUGGAAACUGCAAUGCAUCAGUUUCUGGAUGAUCACACUUUGCCUACCCCCGGGUUCAUGAAAAUGGAGCCAAAUAUUGCACCCAUUUGGUUUUCCUUUGUCCCCCAGCCCUGCAUAGAGAUCUUGGUUUGUUUAAAAUGGAUUUUCCAAUUAUAUUUUAAAUAAGCAACUCUGGUUUAACAUUAGUUGACUAAGCAGGACUUUAUGCCAAGAUUGCAAACCAGAACUAAACCAGACUUGUCCAUUUCAGAUAUAACAGGGAAUACUGGUUUAAAUGAAGGAUUGCCAUGCUAAACCCUGGCCUCCAUGGAGGAGGGAAGGGCAAGAGACGAGGGAAUGAUUCACAGACUCAAAGAUAUUUUACACCUACAUAAACAGGAUUAUGAAGCCAAGAAUGUUACAUCUGAAACAACCUACAGCAGGUGUGCAAAUAAACCUAGACAAGAAAUCAGUAAAAAGGAAGCAACAUCUACUCCAGUCCUUUCUCACCGCAGAGAUGUUUCAUUUGAAAAUACCAAUUCACAGAUGUAUAUAUUCCAGAUCCUGAAAGGAACUAAUAUAGCAGCAUAUAGAGUGAGUUGAGUGAUGGAGAAGGACCUACUAGUGUGUGUUUACACAAAUAAAGCCUAGAAUAGUAAUCUUUUCCCCCAUAAUCCGGAGUCAGUGAACAUCGCCAUCUUCCAACUGUCGCCAGAUAUAUAAGACUUUAAAACUUGGGGAAGCAGAAAAGAGUCCGAGUUUCUUUCCCCCAUGGCUGCCAUGCCACUUUUGCAAUAGCCCAUGUCAAGUAAAAUAAUGUCUGCUGCAUCAGGUGAAGAUGGUGAGGGGAAUCCAGACCUGCCUAAGCAAGGAAGAGCCGACUUGGACAGUGUUGCUUUCUUUUGCAAGUCAGAGAGGCCAGGUUAUAACUCACAUGCAGGCAAACAGUUUAAAGUGCAAUGCCAGUUUUAAAAGAAUAGAAAAACAGCUUUGGGCUGGGGAUAUAGAGUAGAAAUUCAGUGGCAGACCCAUAGAAUCACUCUCUACAGUAUUUAACUAGGUUAAUAAUAUGCUACAAUGAGCUGAGGGUUUCAGAAUCCAUAUUUCCCCUCCUAGCUAUUGAAGACCCAUGUGAGCUCACCUCUUUGCCCAGAAGACAUUUCUGCUGAACUGUGACAGUCUCUGGUACCCUUUCAGCUUUUGCCUAGCUGAGGUGACACUGCUUAUGUGCUAGUAAAUCCCACACAACCUGGAGGGCCAGAUCAUGUGGGUGGAUAGGUUACUUGAUGGAAAACCCAUAGAAUCACCCUCUACAGCAUCUAACUAGGUUAAUAAUAUGCUGCAAUGAGCUGUGUGGGAUCAACAGGCAGACACAUGACCCCCACAAAACUGGAGGAAGACCACCAGGGUAUCACAAGCCACCAUUUAAAGAAUUCGAAACCUGGUAUUCUUUGCAACCAGCUCUCCGGUUACGUACCAUUUAUAAACUGUUUGAUUUCUGUCUUGUGCUUAUGAGUUUCCACCUCAAAAUAAUCUCAUUGUCUCCUUUUUUCUAAAGCUGCAUUGUACAUUGAAAUGCAAGCUGCUGUUUAGUUCGGAGAAAUACAUGCAUACACCAGUGUCUCGUUUCUUCAGUAUAAAAUGGGGACAGCACUACCUUACUUACUCCAUGUGUUAAACUAUUAAAAAUUG